AUGGCAGGAAGUCGAUGGCUUGCUUUAGAGCAGUGGCGGGUGGAGAAGCGGCGCCAGAAGCAGCAGCAGGUGCAGGAGACUACAAAAAUGGCUCAUUCUGCACACCGAUCAUCUCAAGGAUCGCCUUUGCGCUCAUUCGUAUUAUCAAAGCGAAAAAAAACACUUCUGCAGCUGAGUUCGGUUGCAGUUGGCCAAAUGUCGUCUGAUUUAGCGUCAGUGAGGUCUCUCGAGCUAGAGAAGGACCAAAAGGUGCUGUACACAACACCAUUCAAAGCCCGCAGCGAAAAAGGAACAGAAACAAACAAGGAAAAAGCUGACCAAAGCUUAAUUUUUGGCGACGUGCUUACGAGUAGGAAGAGACGCAGGAGACGAAGCUAUAUUUCUCCGAGCCUCAAUGCGUCGUGGGGUGGAGCGCAGCGCAUCUUGACACCCAUGCGUCUUCUUAAUUCGGAAAACGAUGAUGGUGGCCUGGAUGGGGAUACAGAUAGUACGACACCUGAAGUUUUGCUGGGUCCGCGGCGCGUAAGUGUUUUAGCCCAACGGAGAAAGAGCGAUGAAAGUGCUGGAUCCGAGGCUCUGCCCUUUGCAGAACCUUUGGAAUCUUUGGAAGAUACACCUGUCCAUUCAAGAGAGACUAUUUCACAAGGCAGUAUGAAUUCAGCGUUACACGUUUCCGACAUUGCUUUCAGCCAUGCCAAGAGGCAACAGAGUCACAAGAAGCACGAUUUCAUUUCAAACUACGAUCCGCAAACAGAAGAAAAAAUUCAGCGGCCUUUGAAUGAUGACGAGAUGAGCCCGCGGAUAAAGCGCAAUCAUUCGAUACCCGAAUAUGAUAUGAUGAAUUUGGUAUCUAAACGAAGCAGCAUUGAAUUGACGUGUCGUAAAAGCACUUCUAGCCGUUCUUCCCUAGACGAUACACGUGUAGGCCAAUCUAUCAGCGAGCGGUUAGCGAGGAGUUCAAAGUGGAAAUUACACGACUUUAUUGUGACGAAAAAUUUGGGUCAAGGCAAGUUUGGGAAUGUGUAUCUUGCUAGAGAGAAAUGCUCGAACAUUACUGUUGCUCUUAAGGUUCUUUUCAAAUCGCCACUGACGCGAGAUGGCGGAGCAAACAACUUGAAGCGCGAGAUCGAAAUUCAAGUGCGGCUCCGUCACCCGAACAUCCUGCGCCUGUACGGCUACUUCUAUGACGACUCAUAUGUAUAUCUGGUGCUGGAAUACGCACCCUAUGGCGAACUCUACAAGGAGUUAGCCAAAGAAUCGUACUUUCCAGGCGAUGUGGCUGCGCAUUAUGUGGCUCAAGUUGUAGAAGCCUUACAAUACUGUCACAGCUGCAACGUAAUACAUCGGGACAUAAAGCCUGAGAACCUCCUAUUAGGAUAUAACAAGUCCGUCAAACUUGCUGAUUUCGGAUGGUCGGUACAUGCGCCAAAGCCUUACAACCUCCGUAAGACAUUCUGCGGGACUCCAGACUAUCUGAGUCCCGAAAUAGUGAUGGGAGAAUCGUAUGAUUAUCGAACCGAUGCAUGGAGCCUUGGUGUGCUAACGUAUGAGCUUCUGAUUGGCACAACGCCAUUUUACUGCAGAAAUCAAAUGGAGAUGUAUAAGCGUAUCGAGGUCGCUGACUACCACUUUCCGCCAACUCCGUCAAUAUCUAAUGAUGCCAAAAACUUUAUUGCUGGACUGCUGAAGCGUAAGCCAUGCGACCGAAUGAGCCUAGAGGAUGCAGCAAAACAUCCGUGGAUCUCAAAUCAGUCUCCAUUAUAA